UGGCCUACCACAUCUAAAUAUCUAAUCCGAACAACUGAUAUUAUUCAAUCAUAUCUGUUGUUUAUCACUGCUCACUUGCUAAAAUGAUCAUGUACUGGUUUCUCACCAUCAUCCUCAUCAUCUGUUCUCAUGUUUCAACCUCAACUUCAGCAAAUUCAGCAGGGAGAGUAGAGUAUCUUCCAGGCUUCCAAGGACCCCUCCCUUUUUAUCUUGAAACUGGUUAUGUGGGUGUGGAUGAGAAUGAAGAUGUGCAGCUUUUUUACUACUUCAUUCGGUCCGAGUCGGAUCCCGAGCAUGAUCCUCUCAUGCUUUGGAUUACCGGCGGCCCGGGUUGUUCUUCCAUUACCGGCCUGUUAUAUGAGAUUGGUCCAAUUCAAUUUGAGGGUUGGCAAUAUAAUGGAAGCUUGCCCACAUUGACUUUGAUACCCACUUCCUGGACCAAGAUGGUAAGCAUAAUAUUCCUAGAUAUUCCUGUUGGUACUGGUUUUUCCUAUGCAAGAACCACACGCGCCUCGCAUUCCAACGACAUCCAACUUAGCGACCAUGCCUAUGAAUUCAUGAGAAAGUGGUUUGAAAGUCACCCAGAGUUCGUUUCUAAUCCAUUCUAUGUCGGAGGAGAUUCCUAUUCGGGAAUCCCGGUCCCAAUAAUCACACAUCUGAUAUCAGAUGGAAAUGAAGCCGGCAAUGAGCCUUACAUUAAUCUGAAGGGGUAUAUUCUUGGCAACCCUUUCACAUUUCCAGAACAAAGUAAUUACAAAAUUCGCUUCGCAAAUGGUAUGGGACUUAUAUCAGAUGAACUCUACAAGUCAUUGUUCCACACGUGUCGUGGAGAGUAUCGAUCAGAGUAUAUAAGCGCGAGCAACAUAGAAUGUCGUCAAAAUCUUGAGCUGUAUGAAGAGUGCAUAGAUGGGAUUGAAGAAAUGCAUGUUUUGGAACCUAAUUGUGGUCAUCCUAGGAAUCUAAUUAGAAUACCCACUCCGAAGCUGCUUAACGAGUUUAAGUGUUAUUUUUAUAGGAGUCAGCUGGUUAACUACUGGAUUCUUGAAGCCAGUGUUAGAGAAGCGUUGCAUAUUCGCGAGGGGACCAUAAGAGAGUGGACAAGAUGCGCCGAUUUGAACUUCACAAGCACACUUGAUGAUGUUAGACCAUACCAUCAAAACCUCAGCAUGAAAGGUUACCGCUCUCUGAUAUACAGCGGUGAUCAUGAUAUGGCCAUUCCCCACCAGUCAACUCAAGCAUGGAUAAGAGACUUAAACUACUUUGUCACCGAUCAAUGGCGAUCAUGGAAGCUUAGUGGUCAAAUUGCUGGGUAUACAGAAAGUUAUUCGAAUAUGAUGACGUUUGCUACCGUGAAGGCAAGGAACCCGAAUGUUCUUAUUUUGAGUGUAGAUAAAGACUAUUAAGAGCAUUCACAUCCAACCUCUCAUAUUUUAGCCUGGCGGUGGGCACACAGCUCCCGAGUACAAGCCUGAAGAAUCUUUUGCAAUGUUCAAGAGGUGGAUAUCUUACCAACCAUUAUGACCAUCAUUGCAUUUUACAAUGUUGAAAUAAUUUGAUAGUCGACAACCUAUGCAGCUCUUGUGUUGUUCUAUGUGUUGCCCGAUUAAUCAACAUAAUCGUUUUGGGUUUCAGUUUGUCUUAUUUCAUGAUAUGUUUAAUGGGUCUAACACAUUUGGGUCAA